AUGAUGUAUUUAAAAAUAUUCUGUUGGAGGUUUUUUAUAAAAAAUUAUUUAUUUAGAACAACCUCUAAAAGAAAACAUCAUAAUAAAUUUUCUUGUAGCAUUAGAAUUUAGGAAUAGGACAAAAAAAGGCUCAACAUUUAGUCACACUUUUUUAUUUGA